AUGGACAAUAUGUACGCUAUAGACAGAACUAUUAAAUUUGGUUAUAACAAAAAUUUGUGGAUGAAAUUUUUUGUCGUUAAAAUUUUUGAAUACAUAAUAUUAUGGUCUAUGAUAGGAAUACACUUAUCUUCUUCGGCUUAUGGUGAUGUUUUUUCAUGGGUUUUUCUAAUCGUUGGAACAGAAAUAGGAUUCUGUAUUAUAAUUUCUGUUUUACUUUUCGGUGGAUUAUUCAAAACUCGUGUACACCGAAAAAUUCACGGGCUUCUUAAUUUGAUUGGAUGUGUUCUAUUUAUUAUAUCCGGAGUGAGAAUAAUUUAUGUUUAUAAAGUUCAAUCAAACAAUUUUCAAGAUAAUUUCUUGAAUUACUGGCCCAGUUUAGACUUCUUACAUUCUAUUGACUCCAAAAAAUAUGAAGCAGUUAUUAACAACUUCAAAAUCAUCUUAUCUUCAGCUAUCGACGAUAAUAAUAUGAAAAAUCAAAUUAGACAAAUGUUCGUAUUCGGAUUUGCACGAGGAGUUCUCAGCAUAAUUGUAGGAAUAUUAUUACUUCUUGAUUCAUUUCUUGCUUUUAAGGAAAUCUAUUGA